GCACACAUUAUUUGCUUCAACUGGAAACAUUCAUUCACAGCUCAAGAUAAAAUUCCUUCACUGCUCAGGCUUCAUAUUUCUGCACAAUGAGGAGCAGAUAUUGUGCAUUUUAUCCAAGGCUCUGGGUCCUGCUAAUAUCAUGGGGAGCUAUUGCCCAGAGGUCUGGAACUCUCUGUGUUCGAUGCCCAUGCAACGCCCAUUGUCUCAAUGCCACUUCCUGCCAGUGUGAUCCUGGAUUCACUUCUCUGUCUGGGAAGACCAUCUUUAGCUCUCUCUUGGAAGUCUGUACAGAUAUCAGCGAGUGUGGUCCACCAUUAUACAUGUCUUGUGGAAGCUUUGCAGAUUGUCAUAAUUUGGAGGGAAGUUAUUAUUGUGAGUGCCUUUCUGGGUACAAGCUCAUUUCAGGGGGCACCAAAUUCUAAACUGAGACAAACACUUGUCAAGAUGUGGAUGAGUGCAGCUCAGGACAACACCAAUGCCACAACUCCACUCGCUGCAUCAAUGUGAGGGGCAGCUACAGAUGCUACUGUCAUCAUGACUGGGUAGCUGGGUCCAGCCCUCUGAAUGGCCUAAACACCACUGUCUGUGAAGAAUCCCCCUUUUCCUCUUGGACACCACCUUCUGGAGUCAAGAGUCAGAGCCUCACCCGCUUCUUUGACAAAAUCGAGCAGUUAUCUCAAGACUUCAAGCCAGCCUGGGCUGAGAACACCAUCCAGAACCUUGUGCAGGAGGUGGGUGAGCUGCUAGAGACCCCUGGGGACCUAGAGACCCUGCCCCACUCAGAGCAGCGCUGUGUAGCCACUAACCUGCUCAGUGGCCUGGAGGAUGUUCUGAGAGGGCUGAGCAAGGAUCUAUCCAAUUGGCCAUUGACUAUGCAUGCUCCUGCAGGCACAGAACUGUCUCUGGUGGUGCAGGAGGAGCAAGGAGUGGGAGCCAUCACCUUGAGACAGAGCCAGGCAAUGAUGAAGUUUGACCGGGAUGUGGUGCAGAAAUCCAAUGACUUGGGUGCUUCGGUGGCGGGCCUUAUCUGUACUCCAGGGAUGGGCAAGCUGCUGGUUGAGGCCUCUCUGGUCCUAGAGACACACAAAGGCUUGCUGCAGGGCGUCUCCCCAGUCCUGGUUUCUGAUGUCAACUCCGCCUUUCUGAACAACAAAGACACCCAGGACCUCAGCUCCCCAGUCACUUUCAUCUUCUCCCACCACCCGAUGAUCCCUGGACCCAAGGAGGAGGUGCUAUGUGUCUUCUGAGAUCGUGGUCAGGAUGGAUGUGGUCACUGGGCCACCAAAGGCUGCAGGAUGGUGGACACCAGAAACACCAGCACCACCUGCCUGUGCACCCACCUCAGCAGUUUUGCUGUCCUCAUGGCCCAGUACAACAUGCAGGAGGAGGAUCCUGCCCUGGCUGUGAUCACCUAUGUGGGGUUGAGCCUCUCUCUGCUAUGCCUUCUCCUGGUGGCCCUCACCUUCCUGCUGUGCAAAACCAUCCAGAACACCAGCACCUCCCUCCACCUGCAGCUCUGCAUCUGCCUCUUCCUGGCCCACCUGCUCUUCCUCACAGCCAUUGACAGAACAGAGAUUAAGGUACUAUGCACCAUCAUCGCUGGUGCCUUACACUACCUCUACCUGGCCUCCUUCACCUGGAUGCUGCUGGAGGGUCUGCACCUCUUUCUCACUGCACACAAUCUGAUGGUGGUCAACUACUCCAGUGUGAGUAGGUUCAUGAAGUUCAUGCUCCCUGUGGGCUAUGGAAUCCCGGCUGUCAUUGUGGCCAUUUCUGCAGCAACCAGGCCUCACCUUUAUGGAACAGCUGCACAAUGCUGGCUCCAUGCACAACAGGGAUUUGCAUGGACUUUCCUUGGCCCUGUCUGCCUCAUCAUCUCUAUUAACUUGGCUUUCUUUCUGAUGACCAUCUGGAUUCUGAAAAGCAAGAUUUCCUCACUCAACAGUGAUGUGUCCACCCUCCAGAACACGAGGAUGCUGACAUUUAAAGCAAUGGCCCAGCUCUUCAUCCUGGGCUGCACGUGGUGCCUAGGAAUCCUGCAGGUGGACCCAGCUGCCCAUGCCAUGGCCUAUCUCUUCACCAUCAUCAACAGCCUACAGGGUGUUUUCAUCUUCCUGGUACACUGUCUCCUCAGCCAGCAGGUCUGGGAGCAAUACAGGCAAUGGUUGAGACGGGUCAGGAAAACCAAAGUGGACUCUGAGAAGUACACCCUCUCCAGCAGGACUAUGUCAGAUGUCCCUAAACACAGUUUGGUAAGAUUACUCAUCACUCUCAGAGCAUUUCACUAACUGGUCUCAUUGAGUUCUCAUGUCCAUCACACUAGACAACUCAGGUAUAUAGCAGGGGAUUUCCUAAAGUAACCCACACUGGGUUUGCUCCUAGACUCACUCAAAGACAUUUUCCUGUUAUGAAUGCAACUCUUUCUCAACUCUCACUCACUGUGUUUCUUUGCUCAUCUUAACUCUUCCAAAUGACUAUCUUCUCAUUUCCCAUGUGCAUAGAGCACACACUUUGUGUUACAUGGUGUACGUUGUUUUUAAUCUUAGUGAGAAGACACAAGAAACUUCAUCAUAGGCAAAAAGAGAAUCUACCGUCAAUGAGCAGGAACUAGUAAUGUGAGGCUGUGAUGCUCAAAGGGCACAGUCUUUGUCCCACCCUUUGUCCCAAGUCAUUCCAUGCUCCUUCUUUAUAUAUAGAACAACAAAUACAUGGUACAUGUCAUCAUAAAAGUUAAUAAAAUAAGUGUUAAGUUGGAUUUUACUUUCUUUAAAAGUCUACAAUAAUUCCUGAUACUAUGAGCACAUACAUACCUGGGAAAAUCAGGUAGGAUAAUUACAGAGGGCAGAGGAGA